UUGUGCCGGGGACCUGAGAGUCGGGAGCUAUAGUCUGCCACAACAUGAGACGAACAAUGUUAUUUAAGUCUUUUCUUAAGAGUGGUUAUGGCCCUUUGCUGUCAAAAAUUUGUCGGCUUACCACUUCUUCAAACUUUUAUGGUCUGGAGGCACCACAAACCUCUGAGAAUGCCACCCCUACAACCACACCAAAGACGGGCAUACUUAUGCUCAACAUGGGUGGCCCCCGAACUUUAGAUGAAGUGCAUGACUUCUUACUUCGACUUUUUAAAGAUCGUGAUAUAAUUCAGCUUCCAGUCCAAGAUUAUAUGGGCCCAUGGAUUGCCAAGCGGAGAACACCAAGCAUUCAAGAGAAAUAUGAUGAAAUUGGUGGUGGAUCUCCAAUCUUUAAAUGGACUGAUAUACAGGGAAAGUUACUGUGUGAACGUCUGGAUGCUCAGUGUCCUGAAUCUGCUCCCCAUAAGCAUUACAUUGGCUUCCGUUAUGCCCAUCCUCUCACAGAAGACACACUACAGCAGAUGGAAGAUGAUGGCGUUGAAAAUUGUAUCGCUUUUUCACAAUAUCCACAAUACAGCUGCAGCACAACAGGCUCAAGCAUGAAUGCCAUUCAUCAGUUUUAUGCAAAAAGGUCUGAGGAGUCGAGGAUGAACUGGAGUGUGAUCGAUCGAUGGUGUACAAACUCAUUCCUUGUCAAAUGCUUUGCUGAAAACAUCCAGAAGGAACUAGACCAGUUUCCUAAAGAAAAACAAAAAGAUGUUUUUAUUCUUUUCUCAGCACACUCUCUGCCACUAAGGCAAGUUAACCGUGGAGACCCAUACUCAGCUGAAGUGGGAGCCACUGUACAGCUGGUGAUGGAGCAGUUAGGCUUUUCCAACCCAUAUCGUUUAGUAUGGCAGAGCAAAGUUGGUCCACUUCCCUGGCUGUCACCUGCCACUGAUGAGGCAAUCAAGGGUUUGGUGCAGCGGGGGAGGAGAAACAUGAUCUUAGUUCCCAUAGCUUUCACUAGUGACCAUAUUGAGACCCUUCAUGAGCUGGACAUUGAGUAUGCCAAGGAUAUUGGUGAAGAGGUUGGAGCCGAGUGUAUACGUCGCUGUGCUUCUCCGAAUGACCAUCCUCAUUUCAUUGAGGCAUUGGUGGAUGUCGUCAGCAGCCACCUAAAUACAAGUCAUCGCUGUUCAGAACAAUUCCUCCACAAUUGUCCCUUGUGUGUUAAUCCAUCAUGUUUUGCAUCAAAGAAGUGGUUCAGAUAUAUGACAAAGAAGUUUUAGUACUGUAAGUUUUUUUGGGUAUUGGUAGCACAGGCUUUAUGAUAGUAUUGUAUUAUUUGGUGCACAGAUAUUGUUCUUAAAUUAUUAGUUUUGUUUUUUAAUUAUUUUAAAUAUAACUUUAUUAAUUUUA